CUUGUGUCCACURGCAGGGAGAGAGUGAGAGAGCAGAUCCCACCCACCCCCCUCUCCUGCUCUGUGUUCCUGCCUGCCUCCAGCUGCUGCAGUUCGGCCUGCCCUGYCUGCUUCGGAGCGUGCUGGGAGUUGGAGUUGGAGGUAGAGGAGGUGGAGGGGGUGGACAAACCGUCGUGGGGAAAGCAAGCGGGUCGGGUAACGUGUGCGUGGACCAGACUGGGAAACCAUUUCCAAACAAGCUCGCGCACUACGGACUAAAGUUGACUUGCGAGGCAUUUCCCUCGUCGGGCUGUUGGAGCCACUUCUCUAACAGAGACCCCCUGAAACUUGCGCGACUGUUUUCUGCUUGUUUUUUUUUUUUUUUUCCUGCAGCGCUGCUGUUGCUCCGUGCUUCGGAGACUCAUUGGUUGGGAGAGGAUUGCGCAUUGGCUCUUGUCUGUAUCCACCUCAGAGGGAAGAGGAACAUUGCAGUAGUAAAGGCUCAUGUUUUCUUCGCUCCAAACGUCACUGCUGGAGUUGAAUUUCUUCACAUAGUCAUUUUCUUGACGCGGAUUCUCUGGCUCUGCCGUUCAUUCCUCACGGGCAGGAUGCGUCCGCUACUGUAGGAUAUUCCGCUCUGUUGUUGACAAACAGUUUUCCCAAGAACUUUCCAACGAGCUCCGAGCGCAAAGAAGACGGGAACAAUGUCCACACCGAGGUUCAAAAAGGAUAAAGAAAUCAUCGCAGACUAUGAGAGCCAAGUCAAAGAGAUUAGGACGCAGCUGGUGGAGCAGCAGAAAUGCCUCGACCAGCAGACAGAAAUGCGGGUGCAGCUGCUGCAGGACCUUCAGGACUUCUUCAGAAAGAAAGCAGAAAUUGAAAUGGAGUACUCCAGAAACCUGGAAAAACUGGCUGAGCGCUUCAUGGCGAAGACUCGCAGCACCAAGGACCACCAGCAGUACAAAAAAGACCAGAAUCUGCUGUCACCAGUCAACUGUUGGUACCUGCUGCUGAACCAGGUCAGGAGGGAGAGUAAAGACCAUGCAACACUGAGUGACAUCUACCUCAAUAAUGUUAUCAUGAGGUUCAUGCAAAUCAGCGAGGACUCCACGCGGCUACUGAAAAAGAGCAAGGAAAUUGCUUUCCAGCUUCAGGAAGACUUAAUGAAAGUGCUAAAUGAGCUAUACACAGUGAUGAAGACCUACCACAUGUACCACUCGGAAAGCAUCAACGCCGAGAGCAAGCUGAAGGAUGCUGAGAAGCAGGAAGAAAAGCAGAUUGGGAGGGGGGACCCCGUCUUCAGCAUACGGAUGGAGAAGAAGAUUGAGAAAAUAAAAGAGAAGCGUCAAGCCAAGUACUCGGAAAACAAGCUGAAGUCGAUCAAAGCGCGGAACGAGUACCUGCUGACGCUGGAAGCGACAAAUGCGUCCGUUUUCAAGUACUACAUCCACGACUUGUCGGACUUAAUUGAUUGCUGCGACUUGGGAUAUCAUGCAAGUUUGAACCGGGCCCUGCGGACCUACCUCUCGGCAGAGUACAACCUGGAAACGUCACGCCACGAGGGUUUAGAUAUCAUUGAAAAUGCAGUGGACAGUCUGGACCCACGGAGUGACCGACAGAGGUUUAUGGAGAUGUAUCCGACAGCCUUCUGCCCACCUGCCAAAUUUGAGUUCCAGUCUCACAUGGGGGACGAAGUGUGCCAUAUCACAGCACAACCGCCAGUCAAUGGGGAGCUCAUUCUCAGGUUCCAGCAGUUGCAGUCUCGACUGGCCACUCUGAAGAUUGAGAAUGAAGAGGUGAAAAAGACAUCAGAGGCCACUUUGACCACCAUCCAGGAUAUGGUGACCAUUGAAGACUAYGAUGUGUCCGAGUGCUUCCACCACAGCCGCUCCACAGAAUCGGUCAAGUCCACCGUGUCCGAGACGUUCCUGAGCAAACCCAGCAUCGCUAAGAGAAGAGCCAACCAGCAGGAAACGGAGCAGUUCUACUUCAUGAAAUUCCGCGAGUUUCUGGAGGGCAGUAAUCUCAUCUCCAAACUGCAGGCCAAACACGACUUGCUGAAGAGGACACUCGGUGAUGGCCAUCGAGCUGACUACAUGACCACAAGUAGACAUCCCAAUGGGCUGUACAAAACCCUCACAGGCCCCCGGCGGCCUAGACCCCGCUCUUGUUUCAAUGUUAAACUAUUUAACGGAAAUUUGGAGUCAUUUAUCAAGGAUUCUGGACAAGCUAUCCCCAGAGUGGUUGAAAGUUGUAUUCGCUACAUAAAUCUAUAUGGCCUCCAGCAUCAAGGGAUCUUUCGUGUGUCUGGAUCCCAGCUGGAGGUCAACGACAUCAAGAACUCUUUUGAGAGAGGAAACGACCCUCUUACAGAUGAUGAGGAUAAUCAUGACAUCAAUUCGGUGGCUGGUGUUCUCAAGCUCUACUUCCGUGGUCUGGAGAACCCUCUUUUCCCCAAAGAGAGAUUUAACGACCUGCUGUCAUGCAUCAGAAUAGACAACUUGUAUGAGAGAGCGUUAUACAUCCGAAAGAUCCUCCUAACCAUUCCCAGAUCGGUUCUCAUUGUGAUGCGUUACCUCUUUGCCUUUCUCAACCAUCUGUCCCAGUACAGCGAUGAGAACAUGAUGGACCCGUACAACCUGGCCAUAUGUUUUGGUCCCACACUAAUGCCGACUCCAGACACCCAAGACCAGGUCUCCUGCCAGGCUCAUGUGAAUGAGAUCAUCAAGACCAUCAUCAUCCACCAUGAGACCAUUUUCCCUGAUGCCAAAGAACUGGAGGGGCCCAUCUACGAGAAGUGCAUGGCCGGCGGCGACUACUGUGAGAGUCCCUACAGCGAGCACGGGGCACUGGAAGAGGUGGACAAUGAGGGAGGGACAGAGACGCACACCAGUGAGGACGAGGGCGAGCCGAUUGAGGCCAUUGCCAAGUUCGACUACGUUGGGCGCUCCUCUAGGGAGUUAUCCUUCAAGAAGGGCGCCUCUCUGCUGCUUUACCAACGAGCGUCUGAAGAUUGGUGGGAGGGACGACACAACGGGAUUGACGGCCUGGUACCACACCAGUACAUCGUAGUUCAGGAUAUUGAUGACAACUUCUCUGACAGCCUGAGUCAGAAGGCUGACAGCGAGGCCAGCAGUGGCCACGCAGGAGAAGAUAAAUGUUCAGGAAAGGACAUCAGCUCACCCACCGAUACCAGGAUCUCUGAGGCCUACAUCGCCAGGCAUAGAAAAAGGUCGGAACCACCGACUCGCCGGCCCCCGGCCCGCCCCAGCAACGUCCACUGCAUGCUGCACUCAUCCCAGCAGGGCCACGGAGGGACCCCGGAGAUGGGCUCCCCGGUUCUGGGCCACUUCAGCCCACGGGACAUGCUGAGAAGCCACAACCACAUGCCGAUGGACAGCCCAGAGCGGCGGCGGCGCACCGGCCACGGCAGCCUGACCAACAUCAGCCGCCACGAGUCCCUGAAGAAGAUGGAGAGCCCGCCGAUCCGUCGUUCCACCUCUUCAGGCCAGUACAUGGGCUUUACUGACAGCCAUCACCACCACAGCGGCAAGCCCCUGGACCCGGAGACCAUCGCACAGGACAUAGAGGAAACGAUGAACACUGCCCUUAACGAGCUGCGCGAGCUGGAGCGGCAGAGCUCAGCUAAACACGCCCCUGACGUUGUGUUGGACACCCUGGAGCAGCGGCAGACCGCCGGCAGCGGCRUCGGCGGCCCCACUAUGGCAAGUUCAAACGAGUCCCUGAGCCCUAUCCACGGCGUCAUGCUGAGGUCGACGGCCAACACCGAGCCACCAAUCCGCCGCAGCACCAGCUCCUCCAGCGAGGCCAUGAGCACCUUCAAGCCCAUGGUGGCGCCACGCAUGGGGGUGCAGCUGAAACCUCCUGCUCUGAGGCCCAAACCCAUGGUCAUGCCUAAGUCCAAUCAGGCCCCGCAGCCUCCUUCUGGAGCUGCUCAGGACCCUCUAGAUAAAUCCUGUACCAUGUAAGCUCUGGGGRAAAAAACAGAGAUGAAAAGCAAAACUCUCAGCCCAUUCCUGGGAGUCUCUGUCUGAACUUCCACCUGUGUCGUCAAUACACGGAAAAGAAGAGGACAAGAUCCAAGAGAUCUUUGUAACCUUUCCAAUUAGAAGUUGUAGUUGCAAUGUAGACUUGUUAUCCGAGCAAAUCGUUUGCGUCAGUAACAUGCUGUUUUAUUUUAAUAUGCUUAGGUUACCAUCUACCUUACAGUAUAAGGUUUUCAAAAACGAAUUUGAACAACAAAUCACAGGAUCUUCCUUGAGAAUUUAUAUUUAGUUUGGUUUACAAGUGAUAAAGAACUAAAGCAAGUUACUUGUAGAGAAGCCUGAAGAGAGAACUGCAGUGACCACAGCGGCUAAAACGAGAGGAUCAUUUCUGUCCGUACCUGGGAGUGCCCUUGGAAGACGUGAAUCCCACCAACGUUCUCACAGACUUAACUGGAAAUGUAACUGAUUUUAACUUUCUGAUGUUAAAACGGUGCUGGACAAUAAACUGCUUAAAAGGUUGCCAAUCGUGUGGCUCCGCAACUUAUUUAUUAACGGUACUCUGUUAAUAAAUGAAAAGUACUGAAACUUGUACCCUUCCUUUCGGUAGCAUGUAAACCGCAGCUUUUGUUCCAUUUUAUUUUCUGCAAGGUGUAUGAUCAGUCGUUUUACGCGGAGGUGUAGAUUACGCCUCUUAUCUGGGCUCACUCAGAUUGAUGAAAUUUUGUUGUAUCAAAACAAGAAGAAAGAUGGAAGAACUGGAUAAAACCACUACUUUGUUGUGAACCUGUAUGCUUCGAUUGCUGCGUCUAUACCUAAAACUGUAAUUAUGCCUUUGUAUAUGUGUCAACCAUGAGUGUGAACGAUGACUUCAAACGUUUUAUCACACAGUGCGGACCACAUGUCAUAGCCUUCUGUAUGCCUUGGCUUUAUCUACCCAAAGACUUGUGUAUAGGUGAAAGCAUGGAUGUUGAACCUCCACAUUCACUGAUGCGUUUAGACUUAAGGCAGCAUCUUUGCCCGAGUUUCUGCCGGUAGCCAUGGACCUUAUGACUGUUAGUGUGAAAGCCUCGUCAUACAGCCGCCCUCCUCAUCCUGCUUCUGUCUGUGAGGGAGGCUAACAGUUUGAGCCUUACAGUCUGUUCUGUUCAGGUGAGCAUGUUACCUAUUGUUUUUUUGUUGUUGUUGUUGUUGUUGUGGCUACUUCUCUUGAACUGGUAUUAUUACUUCUGUGCGGAUUUAUGAGUUCAACUAAAUGACAUGGAAAAAAAUAAAAGACUGCACAUUUC